AUGACAAGCAAGGAUCCAAGAUCAAAUUUGCCACCAGGGUUUCGAUUUCAUCCAACAGAUGAAGAACUCAUUCUCCACUACCUAAAGAAGAAAGUUUCCUCUUCACAUGUCCCACUUUCGAUCAUCGCUGAUGUCGAUAUCUACAAAUCCGAUCCAUGGGAUUUACCAGCUAAGGCUCCGUUUGGAGAGAAGGAAUGGUAUUUUUUCAGUCCGAGGGAUAGGAAAUAUCCAAACGGAGCAAGACCAAACAGAGCGGCUGCGUCUGGAUAUUGGAAAGCCACCGGAACAGAUAAACUGAUCGCCGUACCAAAUGGUGAAGGAUUUCAACAAAACAUUGGUAUAAAGAAGGCUCUUGUGUUUUAUAGAGGAAAGCCUCCAAAAGGUGUUAAAACCAAUUGGAUCAUGCAUGAAUAUCGACUCGCCGAAUCUCUAUCGCCCAAAAGAGUCGACUGUUCUAGGACCGGUUGUAGCCAAGUCAAUAAUUUGAAAUCCAAAGAAUAUUCGAUGAGGCUGGAUGAUUGGGUUCUUUGCCGGAUUUACAAGAAAUCACACGCUUCAUUGUCAUCAGCAGAUGUUGCUUCAGCUACAAGCAAUCAGGAACAUGAGGAAAAUGACAACGAACCAUUCGUAGUCAGCGAAUCCCUCUUGCCGAAUUUGGCAACCGAUGAUCAAACCCUUAAACGCCAGAAGUCUUCUUUCUCGAACUUAUUAGACGCUACAGAUUUGACGUUCCUCGCAAAUUUUCUAAACGAAACUCCGGAAAAUCGUACUGAAACAGAGUUUUCUUUCAUGUUUGGAAAUAUCUCAAACCCAGACAUCUACGGAAACCGUUACUUGGAUCAAAAGUUACCCCAGUUGAGCUCUCCUACCUCAGAGACGAGCAUGAUUGGAAACAAGAGAGAAAGACUUGAUUUUGCGGAAGAAACGAUGAACACUUCGAAGAAGAUUAUGAUCAACAACUUUAGUUACAACAAUAGUAUAGAUCAUUUGGGUCAUAGUAUGGUUCAACAGUCUAGUUUUCUAAAUCAGGAAUUCUUGAUGAGUCCUCACCUUCAACAUCAAGGCUAG